AGCCACCCAUAGAGAGCUGCUACCUGAAAAUAAAAGCCACGCAAGUCGCAGUAAUAAGGUGAUAUUCCAUAGUUUAAAGUUUCUGAGGCCAAUGCCUCCCUCAUCUUUGGGUAGGGACACAGUCUUCCAGGAAAUCUUGACGUUAGCACACCUAUCUGUUGUGCCUGACCAGAGGAAACACAAGCAUAACGAUUCGAUCUUUUUGAUACAUCCCCUUGGCAGGAGAAAAGUCGAAGUCCAAAAGUUAAUUGUUCCCAUAAUGGCAGUUUUGAUCAGUAGGGAGCGACCAGCAAAAGAGAGCGACUCAGUGGUGGGGCGCCAUCUACAAUGCUGUUAAUCAUAAUAAGUUCAAACUCGUUCGGUGUUGUGAGUCUGCUAUAUCAGCUUGGGAUAAGUUGAAGAAAACCAAUGAAAUUAUAUUCCAGACCGGACAUGCUUGUCAAACGUCUUGAAACUUAUUGAAGUUUGAGAUGAAAUCUUUGAGAAGAACUGAGUAGGACAGCAAGGAACUUGCCAUUUUUUAUGAGUUUACCAUUCGGUGGUAGAUGUUUUACGUACCAACCGACGCUAUAAUGAGAUUCAAUGUGUUUAAUUGAGACAGUAACUAACAUAUUAUACACAAUUACCGCUAUUGAUGCAUAUCACUAAUGUUAACUCUGAACGUUGUAAUUUUUUUUAUCAAACGUAUUAGGCUUUAAUUAGAUGCAAAACUGUUAAAGCGAUAAGGACACGGAAAAUAGCAAAAACUUUAAACGGAUUCAUAGUAUUAGUCAAAACAAAGAUGUUUAAAAUAGUCAAAAAACGGAAUGCCUAUCUAAGUGAUGGUAUUGUAUAUAAAGACAUCAUGCCUCAUAUAUAAUUAUCUACAAAAAAACUUUAAAAUAAUUAUAGAAGACGGUCAUUUCGAACAGCCAACACAAUGAAUCGUCUCUCUUGUUUUCUGCUCGUCAUUGGACUGUGCGUUGGGUUGAGUAAUGCAUAUGAGAAAAACUCUGUACACUUCAAGAACUCUCUUGGUCGUAACAAUAUCUUGAAGAUCAAUUGUUUAUCAAACAACGACAAUCUAGGCUUCCACUUUUUGCGGCCUGGAGAAACCUACGAAUUCAGUUUUCAUGAUAGUGUUUUUAAAACAGAAUUUUUCUGUGACCUAUGGCAAGGGCCUAAUUUCAAGUUCCAUGCAGGGUUCACGGGAUAUGAAGGUGGUGGUCUCAUCCUGCAGCCAAAAAACUUUUGGGAUGCUAGAGAAGAUGGAAUUUACUUCACACAUGGCCAAAAAACGCCCAAGUUAGAGUAUAAUUGGGAAUAA